CAGCUAGCGUAGCCACCUAGCCAUUUGCUAAGAAUUAACCACCAACCAAAAGCCUGUCGAACAUACACAGGUUUUCUAAUGGUGUUUUGGGGAUAUUCGAGGACUUGGUGCCCUUUGGAGAAGAAAUGCAGAGCGAGUCUGUCCCCGAGAUAGGGUUUGUGCAGCAAAUUCUCAGUUUGAAUUUGGUUCCAAGAAAAAAUGGUACCAAUUGCGGGAGGAACGACACCUCAUCUGUGUACCUGUGUGACUUCUCUGAGAUGUGGUAUGGUGUUUUCUUAUGGGCUGUCGUGUCAUCAUUGAUGUUCCAUUUACCAGCUGCUCUGCUUGCCCUGGCCACACUGCGACACCAUAAAGUGGCCCGCUUCCUGCCCAUUGCCAUCCUGCUGAUGGGUAUUGUGGGCCCAAUGUUUGGGGGUGUUCUCACCAGUGCGGCGAUAGCAGGGGUUUAUAAAGCAGCAGGGAAGAGGAUGAUCUCUUUGGAGGCCUUGGUGUUUGGUGUGGGUCAGUCCUUCUGCGUCCUCAUCAUCUCUUUCCUCAGAGUUCUCGCUACGCUGUAGCAUUCAGACUGCGGCUCACUGCCACGCAGAUCAGAACGACAGAUCAGCACCAGACUGUCAUAUGCAAAUUAACGGAGGCCUUACUUUCCACAUAAAAACAGCAGAGCAAAGUUUCUUUUGUUUUGUUUUUUUUUUCCCCCCAAGUUGAUGGUUUUCAGGCAGACUUGAGUGUCCUCGGUGAGUGAUCACAUACACAGUGUCUUUAUGUGCUGUGGCAGUAGAAAAGGCACGGACAAGCUGCCUUGAAAUCAGAACUGGCCUUUCUUUACGAGGGCAGUUAGAGAGAUUGCACACAUAAGCUUUUUAUACGGCUGGAACAUUCCAGAAUGUGAAAGAAAGUGAUGCAGAAAUCCAUGAAAGCUUUUGAACACAGUUAUCACCAACAAGCCCAGUAAGAUACAUGGUUAAGUACAGUUGGUACCACACCUACCCAAAAUCUGCCUGUGACUCCACUGAGAUGUGUGAUGUUUAUAGUACAAACUCAGCAUAAUGGAACUAGUACUGAAGAGAAAUGUACCUUUCACACAGUCUGGCCUGGUUUGAGCCAGAGAUUAAUGCAAUUUUAUGUAUAUACUGAAACCCAUUCCAGCUCCUCCUUUAAGAAACAUAUGGAGAUGAACAGAACUGUAUAUAUUCACUUUUGCUGUGCAUAGUGCAAAUGAAUCUGCUUGGCCAAAGUCUAUAUGUUUUUCUUAAACACAAAUCCUCUUUAUUUAUCUUCCAGACUUUAUAUUUGUUUACGCUACAGGUUUGAUUUUAGCUGUCAUUGGUGUUGAACAACGCUAGGAGAUGUUUUUUUCUUUCAGCUGAGUGAAACAAACAGUGUAAAACUCAUACAGGUGGUUAUUCAUGUUCUUUUGGGUCAAAGAGCGUUGGAGUCUAAUCUGUGGAGUUUUCAAAAACAUCCAUGUAGGAUUAUCUAGUUUAAGUUGCUUAGCCUUUUUUCCCCCUUUUUUUCUUUAUGGGCACAUUUUUUACCUUUCUAAUCAUAAGAGUUUGUAUUUUCAAAGUUUUCCUCUGAGAUUUGGCCUUUAUUUUGUUAUUUGUGUAUAGGUAAGUGUAAUAUAUUAUUAAUAUGAUGUUAAUAUGCCCAUGAAAUAAUAAGGCAAUUUCAUUUCUUAAUGCCUACAUGAAUGUGAAUCAGAUUUCAGUGAAAUCCCUGGUAGAAUUUUCUUAAACUUUUACCAAAGAAAUUUUAACAUAAAUGUACAGCUAUUUUAGGUUUGAGACUGUCAUUUUUUUAAAAAAAAACUUUUCCUUAAGGAAUCAAAUCACUUUAAUCAUAACAUGCAUAAAUGAUUUGGGAAAUAAAGCCCAGUUCAUUGAACUGCCCACAAAGUAACGUACACCACGGGAAAAGCAAAAGAUGUGCUGUCUAUCGAUGAAGUUCUCUAAAUUUGUCCUGGGGUGUUGUGUCAUGAGGCCUGAUUUCACAGUUUGUUUGACUGCUUUGGAUUAUGUCAUCUCAAAUCAUACCCAGUAUGAGAAGAAGAUGGUGGCUUUGGUCUGUAUGCAGGACAGGUUUAAAGGAUCUAAUACCAACCAAGAGGAGAAUUUUACCACCUCCAACACGCAAUGUAUGCUAAACAAAUUGUUUUCCUCUAAUGGAGCAUUAAAGAGUAAGAAAUAUGUCACAUUGCCUCACAAAGUAGUAUUUUAUUUUGGUUUGGCUUUUCCCAAAAGAUUAUUUCUCAGCUUCUGUGACCUGGCUUGCUGUCUUGCUAACACUGGUCAUUUUUUGUGAAUGGAGCUCUACACUGGCUGAGACUGUAACAUGUACAAGUGGGUGAACACACAAAAGCAAUGCUUUGCUUCUCUGGGCGUGUAGUAUCUGAUUACAAAAAUGUAUUUAUUUUUCUAAAAAGACUGUGUUAUCCUCCUGAGCACGCUGAUGUUGGUUAUUCUCUCCGUUUGUCCUUGAUCACUUUGUUUUUGUACUUCUCCAUUUAACACAAAGUAUUUGAGGUGAU